GCUCCUUUGGUCGACGCUCCCGCUGUUCACCCAGCACCUCUCGCUCUCACACGUUCAGCGGCAACCCCGGUUUCUCUCAGGGCCCAUGUCUAAGAGCCUGGACAUCCCCGAGCGCCAGGUGCUCAUCAGUUUCUGGGACGACCCGAACGGGCUGCGGUACCACGGACGGGUCUUGCUUUUCGCCACUCCCACUCCGGGAAAAUGGAUUGUGGGGACACCCGACUUCGAUGUUCAGUUCGCCGACUUGUCAGAGCAUCGCGUCAUCCCCCUCGGCCGCGACGAGGAUCUGCCCAGGCGGUACCUGGCCGAGACCUACUUCUUCGACGUGCCGAUCGAGCCAGAGUCGCUGGCUCGCAUGCGUCGUGAAGGGCGCGACCUCCUCGAGGUCUUCGGGCUGGUUGGCGCCGCCGGCGCUCUGCCGCAGUGGGGCCGCUGGCGUGUCGCGGAUCCCGCGCACGUUGCCUUCGGCGACGAGAUCCCCAAGGGUGUGAUCGGCGACGGCGAUCAGAUGGUCAUCCGCGAGAACACGGCGCUCCUUCGCAUCGACGAGGAGUGGGUCGCUGCCGCCCUGGUCGAGGAGUCCGAGCUCUCCGAGUGUUUCCCGACCAUCGCCAAGAUGUCACGUCCAGUGAACCGCCCAGGGUGGCCUUUCCAGGGCAAUGCAGCGGCGCCGGAGCUUCAGCGUGCGCUGAUGACCGCCAACCGCGACUUCACCAGCCACCACCUCGACUGGCGGACCAAUUCGGGGGUGAGCCAGCACGGGGUAGUCUGCCGCGUCCAUCGGCGUCUCUGCGAGACGCUGUCGCCCCUCUACUCGUACGACCAGGUCGGCCCCGCGAACGUGGCGGGCGCCGAGUACCUCAGCCGCUGGCUGUUCGAGGUCGCGACGGCGGUCCGCCGCGGCCCGAAGGUGCCCGACUUCGCGAACCUGGAGGGCAUCUUCGCGGCACCCCUCGGCGAGGAUGGACGCGCUUUGCUCCCCGAGUUCGGCAACUUCGCGUCGGGCCUUCAGCGGGGCGAGGCGCAGCGCCUCAAGCAGAUGCGCCUCUGGCACGGGGGGGCGGGCCACCAGCUCGGCUCCAUCCCCGACGACGUUUGCCUCGCCGCCGCCUUCGCCGAGCUCGACGUGGGCGCCAAGCUGAUCGAGGCGACUAUCGUGCGCUUCGUGGCCGUGCUCACGCGCUCCAUCCUUCGCAGGACUUGGGCCAAGGUGUCGCGCUUCCCCUCUCGGCCAGCUUUGACGCCGAACGACGCUUUCUACGGCCUCCUGAAGUCCACGGACAUGCGCUCAGACCAGCCCCAGCACCUUCGACCCUACGACCCGUCGAAGCUUCGGGCCCUCAGGGGUUUGGUCACGCCGCGGCCGCUUCGUGACAGGCUGCCGCCGGCUGGCGCCCAGGCCCUCGACAACGCCGACAGCGUGAUUUACCGCGCCGCCUCGGAGAUCGACGCGCUGACAGAUCAGGGGCUUAUCACCCCAGUGCGGCCUUACUGGGGCCCUCGCCUCCGCCAUGACAGGGCGGCUCGCAGGGACUUCAUGCGCCUGCGCGCCGUGGGAUUGGCGGGGUUCAGGUUGGGCAUCCGUGCCCGGAUCGGAGCCUUCUUCGUCGCAAAGAAGGACGGCAUGCUGCGCCUAGUCCUCGACUGUCGUGAAGCUUCGAGCCUACGCCGACGGCCUCCUCACUCUGCUCUCGGCUCUGCGGGGGCGCUGGCUGGCCUUGACCUUUCACCUUCGGCGCUGCGCCGAGCGGGCCUCUCGGACUCUGACGUCGACCCGCGUGGCGCUGGCGUGGACCUGCGCGACGGGUUCUACCAGUUCUUCGACGACGACCUCGCGGAGUGGUUCGGCCUCGACUUCCCAGAGCCCGCAGGCUAUUUUGGCGACCCCGACGUUUAUUUCACGGACAUUCGCACUUUCGGCCAGGCGGCCACUCGCCUUGCUGGGCCCCCAUGCCCGUGUGUGAUCUCGGACAAGAGGCCCGCGCCGCCCUAUGCCAUGGGACUGCCUCUGGUCUCGCCCUACGUGGACAACGCCGACCUCUUCGGGGUCUGCGCGGAGGGCGUUGGCUCGGCCCUCGACGAGGUCUGCGCGGAGUUGGACCGCCUGAACUUCGCCUACCACGAGAAGGUCGAGCCGACCCGUCUCUACGAGUCUGUCGGGGUGGUCUUCGACGGGCAGGCGCGGAAGCUCAGGCACGCCGACAAGAGGGCCUGGAAGCUCUACUUGGGCCUCCAGCGCCUCAUAGGCGUAGGUGGUGCUACAGGCUACGCGCUCCGCACCAUCUACGGGCACCUCGUGAACUUCUUCAUGCUGAUGCGGCCCGCAUUGGCUUUGCUCGACCUGGGAUGCCACUUCAUCGCGGAGCACCGCGAGAGGUUCGCCAAGUUCCAGCCUGACCUCUUGGACGAGAUCCGUGUCGCCAAGGGCCUGAUCUUCCUGGUGGAGGUGGACCUUGGGGCGCCUUGGGCCCCGGUCACUUACUGCAGCGACGCCAGCAUUUACGGCCACGCGCUGCACGAGGCCUGCCUGACGGACGACGAGCUGCUCGACACCUUCAGCGCCACAGCUACCCUCGCGGCGGGGCUAGUGGGCGACCCUGCUUUUGAUUUUGACGACGAGUAUCGCGGGGGCGCCUGCCUGGACCGUCGGCCCGCACGCACGGCCGCGCUCGAGCUCGACGGGAUGGUGACUCCCGUGGCCGACGCCGUGGUCGACCGCCAUCGCUGGGCUCUUAUCGUCCGAGGCGCCUGGAGGUACGCGGCCCCUAUCCACGUGAAGGAGGCGCGCGCGCAGCUGCUUGGCCUGAUCAGGGCCUCGCGGAGCACCAGGAUGCACGGCCACCGCGUGGGCAGCAUGGGCGACAACAUGGCUGCCCUCCUCAGCUUCGAGAAGGGCCUCGCCCGUGACUUUGCCUUCAGACAGCUCUGUCGGGUCGCUGCCGCGAGGCGGAUCUCCGACGACAUCCAGUGGCGGCAGCGGCACGUCGAGACGGACCGCAACCCUACCGACUACGAUUCCAGAGCGGCCGACCGCGGGGAGGCGCAGCCCGGGCAGCCACAGUGGGGGGCGCCCGCCGCCCUAGCCGCCAUCGGGGCCAGCCUGGGGCCGCCGCCGCCAGCCGAGGGCUGGCGGGCUGCUCGACCAGCCGCGGGCUCUGCCGGCGGCCUGACCGCGCACGGCGCCCAGCGGCGCCUCGCUUGCGUGGCAGGCCUGCAUGCCCGCCGCGGCCGCCGCUGCCUGUCAGAGGUCGCGCCAGGGCCGCAGCCGCCACAAUCGUUUGAUAUCCCGGAGGUUUCCAAAGGGGCAGCCUCGGAGACGGCGGAGGUCAUCGCCGCGCCUGCUCCGAGGAAGGCAGGAGGCAAAAAGCUCUCCCUCGCAGCCCCUCGCCCCUGCGCCCCCCGUCGCCCCAAAGCUUUCUGCGAGAUCUUCGCGGGCUGCGCCCGGCCCACCGCCGCCCUCAGGGACUUGGGCCUCUCGGUGACGACCCCGGUGGACCUGAGGAACGGCUCGCAUUUCGACAUCCUGGGCUACAGGGUCUUUAUUGUCUCGGCGUCUUGGAUCAGAUCUAGAAAGCUCUGGUGGGUGCACUUUGGGACUCCAUGUAUAGCGUGGAGUCAGGCUACCGGGGCUGCUCGUUCUCAACAUCGCCGUCAAGGGCUCCAGCUAGCCCGUCGCACUUUGAACAUCAUGAGGCUCUGCAGGGACUUCAACGUGCACUGGUCUCUCGAGAACCCCGCGUCCUCAAAGCUGUUCAC